GCGCGUCGCUGCGGACGUCUCCACGUCCCGCGCGCCCGUCACAGUUCGCCAGCGGUGGGCCGCGUGCCCGCCGCGCCGCCGCGACCACACUAUAUGAACACUUUUCGUAUUUUCUACCUAUUUGUAUUUAAUAUUAAGUUAAAGGUAAUCGCAACUCAAGCGGUGCGUUCAGUAAGUUCAGUAAGUUCAGUGCGGAGAUCGACGUGAGUGGCGGCAGCGGGACAGAUAGAUGAGAACGGAACACACGGGCCCGCGCACACAACAUGGCGUCUUUCAAAGAUUGGCUGACAGUGACGUGGGCGCAGGGCGGCAUGCAGCUGCAAGGAGAUGGCUCCGCAGACGAUGACGACUCCGUCAAAGGACGGUGUGGGCGUGCCGGCAGUCUAGCAGCGACUCCGGGAGAGAAGCUCCUGGAACUACUCCGACCGAGCGUGGGCACCCCGCGGCGACACUCCACCGCAGCGUGCGCGCCUGCGCAACCACAGAGGCCGGCAGGCUUCGUCUACUGCCCCUCUGACGCACUGCCAUACUGUCCACCAUCCAGGAUCGCGCCACCGCGGCCUAUUAUGAAGCUCCAGCCUCCACCGCAACAGAUCCAGCCAGUCCAACCACAGCCGCCGCCCGUGCCGCAGCGUACAACCGCAACAGUAGCGCCCACGCCCCUGCCAGUACCGCCGCCCGCGCCGCCGCGACGUUCCUCCCCACAGCCACCACGUCGAGUACCACCUCCCACACCGCCACGACCGCCCACCACGACACCCGCACCACCACAAACAGACCCCAAUGGAAACAGAAGAACAGUUGCUCCUGUGCAACCACAACCACGACUUGACUGUAACAGAAAUCCCCAGCCACUCUCCGCUAGAAGAGCACCUCCCCCUCAAAGAAUCCCCGACGCUGCGACUUUCACUCCUGCACCGCUACCUCCUCAGAAUACUGUCCAGCCAAUAAAGCGGUCACCAAGCUCAGGGUCAAAUAUUAGCGUCCGACAGGACUCAAACGUGUCUUCAGAUUCGUUUAGUCAAACUUCUUCACCAUCAUACACGACGAAGACAAUGGAGGCCCCUCUACUGCCUCACCAGCACGUGAACAAGAGCCUCAACGCGAAGAUAGCGCGUGGCCUGCUGCUGAAGGAGCAGCAGGACCGUGACUCCGGCAAUGGCUCCAUCACCAAGAGCAUGUCCACGCCGGCGUCGCUACAAACUAUCGUCAGAUUCCAAAACGGGAGCAAUAUGUCCCUGCAUCAUCGGAUGCUCCGAGACAUGCGAGGGGCGAGCACGGACGCCAACCCCCACAAGUUCAGACUGAUGCAGCUGGCACUGAACGCAGUCGCGCUGCUCGCCAUCACCGGCGCACUGUUCGCGUACUUCAGGGCCAACCCUGCUGUACAGUACGUGUCACAAGUAGUGAAUAGGUCAACAGUGGUGACCUGGCCAGCGCCCACGGAUCCGCCGGGUGCCAGAAACCCAGCACCAGGAGUGUGUCUGCCCGUCAUAGUAAAUUUCUGCCAGCAACAUAGGAUACCAUACAAUUUCACUGUGUUCCCAAACUACAUCGGGCACUUUGGGCAAAGAGAUGCCCAACAGGAUCUGGAAGUAUACGAAGCAGUAGUGGACGUCCGGUGUUACGACCUGACGGCGCUGUUCCUGUGCUCACUGUUUGUGCCCAAGUGUGGGCCUCUGGGACACAUGGUGCGGCCUUGCAGAAGUCUAUGUCAUGAAACGAUGCGGCGUUGUGGCUUCUUCCUGGAAGUGUUCGGGCUGACGAUGCCCGACUACCUCCAGUGCGACAUAUUCCCCGAGUCCACUGACACCGACGUCUGUCUCGGUAACAGAGAAGUCAGUGAUGCUCGCUUCAGAGACGCCAUGCCAGCAGUUUGUCCCACGGGGUUCCAAUGCGACGUGCGACGUUGUAUCCCGCACGACUGGCGGUGUGACGGCCACGUCGACUGCGCGGACCGGUCGGACGAGCUCAAUUGUCGCGUGUGCAAGCGCAGCGGCGAGGUGCACUGCGGGAACCAGCGCUGCAUCUCACAGGCACAUCUCUGUGACGGCAAGGUCGACUGUCCUUGGGGACAGGAUGAGCGAAACUGCUUACGACUGAGUCAAGCGAACGGUGACGUGGGUCGUGGAGAGCUGCAGGUGUACCGCGCAGCCAACCACUCCUGGUUCCCCGCCUGCAUCACCACGCUGGACGAUGACACCGCUCUCAAGUUGUGCUCCAUUCUCGGAUACUCGUUCCUAAACAAAAGUCAAGCGGUGAUCAACGAGUCCCGUCCAGAAGUGAGCAGUAUAAAGGCGGCAGUGAACGUGAGCGCCACACCAGGGCCUCGCGCCAGCUUCGUGCACGAGCACGGCGCUGCACAGACUUACCGCGCCUUCCUCAGGAGUCAGGGGGGGUUAUUGAAAGAACUCAAAGAAUGCAGGCAAGACUCACCGAGAGUGCAUCUUGUUUGCGACAAGUACGAAUGCGGCAAACGGCGCACAAUGGGCGGAGGGUCGAAGCGUAUUGUGGGCGGCGUGGAGGCGUCUCCUGGUGACUGGCCAUUCCUGGCUGCUAUCCUGGGAGGACCUGAGGAAGUGUUCUACUGUGCUGGUGUACUGAUCGCUGACCAGUGGGUACUGACGGCCGCGCAUUGUGUUGGAAAUCAUACAGACGUGAACGGCUGGACGAUACAACUGGGCAUCACGCGGCGGCGCUCGCACGCCUACUACGGGCAGAAGGUGAAGGUGAAACGCGUCGCGCCGCACCCGCAGUACAACUCCGGCAUCGCGCACGACAACGACAUCGCUCUGUUUCAACUAUCAGUACGGGUGCGCUACCACGAGCAGGUGUCCCCCGUGUGCCUGCCGCCCGCCAGCCGCGUGCUCAAGCCGGGCACGCUCUGCACCGUCAUCGGCUGGGGGAAGCGUGACGAUAAAGAGCUAUCAGAAUACGAGCCAGCAGUAAAUGAAGUGGAGGUGCCCGUCCUCAACCGAGACCUGUGCAACCAGUGGCUGGAGCACCGCGACCUCAAUGUUACCGAGGGCAUGAUCUGUGCCGGCUACCCCGAGGGGGGCAAGGAUGCUUGUCAGGGUGACUCAGGUGGUCCUCUCCUGUGCAAGGACCCAGACGACUCCUCGCGCUGGUAUGUGGGCGGCAUCGUGUCGUGGGGCAUCAAGUGUGCCCAUCCACGUCUGCCCGGAGUGUACGCGUACGUGCCCAAGUUCAUUCCCUGGAUACACCAGCAGAUGAGGCAGUACAAUGACGACAACGCCAAGUCAGAAGACAUAUAAACGGCGAACUAUGAAGUGGCAUCACUUUGGAAUAUAUAAAUCCAAACAUUUGAUAAUAAUAUGUCCAAAAAAGGAAAUACUCCUACCAUUAUACCUACUUUGUAUUUUACACAUUUUCGGUAUUUAUAUCAAAGUUGAAAUUAUUGUAUAUUUUAUUUACAAAUAGGUUGACUAUAGAUAGAUAUUAUUGAAAAUCAAACACUAUUAUGUACUUUACAUUAUACAAUUUAUUAUUCUUAAGUGGUGUCAAAAUGAACUUGACUUGAAAUGCCUGCACGUACUGCAGGCAACUAUGACUAUGACAAUAAUUAUUGAAUAAUGACAAUAAAUUAAUUAACGAUGACAAUAAAAUAUAUACAAUCGUAAAAUAUAGUAGGUAAGUCAAUUUUUCAAGAGAAUCUAAAUAUAUAAUAUACAAUGAAUAUAUUAUACAACAAAUUCCGAAGCAUAUAUGUAUAAGAAGUCUUGGGGAGUUGACUUAUAUAUUUAUUGCUUUUGACAAAGACAUAUGGCUAAAUAUUUUCACAUAUCACUCGUAUAUCGCGUGAUGUAAAUUAUUUGGAGCUGUGAUAGUAAAUGAUUUAUUAUGAAGCGAACAAGUCGAUGAUGUAUUAAAGUUUACCCAUGACUUGAAGUUGACCUGGCACAGUGACUGGGCGCGCUGCUGCAUCCCUCGAUACUUUUUCUCGGGGUGAUCAGUCAUCGGUGACUUAGGUCGUACUAAUAUUAUACAUAUUAUGAAAACUGUUUUGAUUCAUGUGAAUUUUAUAUGUAAGCUGCUUUUAUAAGUAAUGUAGUGUUCUCAAAGCUUUAGCAGACUUUUAGAUUGUUUUUAAUAUUGUACCUACAUACUUUGUUUAUCGUUUUUAUUUCUAUUCUGUGUUAGUGUAGAGUGAAGGGAAACCUCAUUUGUCAUUCGGGAUCACAAUUUCAAUGAACAUUCUCAAAUCGCAGUAGUGGAGUCUUUGCAAUCUUUCAGCGUGGUACAGCCACGAGUGACAAAUUAGGAGGUCCGUAGUAUUUAAGUGUAUGUUUGUUUGAUGUUUGAUGUUAGUAGUUUAGGGGAAAGUGCUUUUAUAGAAUAAAAUUAAAUCCCAUUCACAUGGAUGCAGGUUAAAAAAAUAUAGAUUAAAAAAUAUAGACAAUGAUUGUUUAUUAAAAAAAAUAGGUGUUAAUCUAUGGCGUUCUAAAGUUCUUCCUAAUGACAAUAAAAUAUGAAUGUUGAGUUUAGGUAAAUAUCUACGAUGAAAUCGUAACAAAUAAAUACAUAAUGAAUUACCACGACAAUACCUAAAGUAAAUAAAUAACAUUAAAUAGCAAAAUGCUUGCGUUUAUGACGCAAGCGGCCGAGAGGGUCCCGGCCUGUACAUUGGUGUAGGACCCAGGAGUACUAUCCAACCUUAUACUAUAUCGACAAUAAUAAUUUUUGACAAUAUAUUUACUAACAGACGUAGUUUAAGCUUUGUUAAUAUACAAUUUAGAUACUUCUGUUUCAAUAUGUUUUUCUAAAUGUAAGUAGGUGUCAUUUUUAAAUACCUUGACAAUAAUGGAAAUUGUAAUUAUAUUAGAGACAUAGCUUUAAUAGAUUCUAAGACAUAGUAUUAUUAGAGUAGCUGUAGGUGUGGUAAAUAUUUUUUAAACUUAGGACGAAAUAUACUUAGUUCCUUUUAUAUGGGUAAACUUUUAGUUUUUCGUAUAGUAUCUAAAUGUUCUGCGAUCCAGUAUUACGGUCUCUGGAGAGACGUGGUUAUAGCACAAAGCUAUGCUCAAACUAACUUAGGUGUAUUUAUAUAAGUAUAGAAUCAAGUUAAUGUUUUAGCGAUGUGAACAUGAACGGUAGCAAGCGUAUAAUGUGGGCUUACAUAGGGGCGGUGAAAUUAUUGAAAUAGUUAAAUAUACAUAUAGGAUAUCAGUAUUUACAUUGAUACUUAGGUGUAUGUGUAGGUAGCUGUAUUCUGUGCAUUCUAGGCAUUUCAUGUUGGCAUACUAGAUUCAUGUUUCGGCCUAAAGAUAUUGUCACGUGGUGUCAGUCAAUUGUCUCACUGAGUUCGCGUUCACAUCGCACUAAUUAUAUAAAUCUACAUUUACAUGGAAGUAUGGUUGUUGACUACUUAUGAGUCUCCUUUCUCAACUCGAGCUUUCUCUAGUCUUACAUUAAAUAUAUAUGUAAUUACAUAAUAUUAAUAUUAUAUCAGAGUCUAAAUUAUCAAUUUUGUUACUAUCACGAUAAAAGGAAUUAGGUUCAAAUAUAAUUUGAUAUAUUAAUAUAAAUGUCAAUGAUUUUAUCUACAUUAUUUUUUACGUAGUGACUGAACUAAAGUACAGAAUAUGAAAACAUGAGAACAAAAUGAAGAGAUCGAAUGGAAUGAGCCA